CAAUGAUCUAGAUCUAAUGAGUAUACAGUUAUUUAGAUUUAAAAUAUUGAACUACAAGUUUUUAAAAUAUUCUGACAGUGUUCAAAUAGUUGAACAGUCAUGAUAGUUGAUGAGUAUAAAAAAACGUUUAAUUGCGAGUAUCUGUGAGAGAUUUGAACACUCUUUCGCCGUUCCCGAACAGAACAAAGAGUGGACUCAGAGUGGUUCAGAGUAAUCUCACUUGCGAUGUUCCGCCAUGUUUGCUUCCAUAUUUCCCUAAACAAGCUUUAUUGCAUCAUUUGUAUGUCUCUUAUCCAAAAUGGAUGAAAAUGCAACGGUAAAAGAUGUUUCUGAGUUCCUCAAAGAAAACAACGUGUCAGAAGAAAAUACCAAGGUGUUUGAAGCUUAACCAUCCCACUGUUAACAAGGCUAGUAACACCUUGAGACAUUACAACAUACAGAUUAAUACAAACUUUGAAGAUGAAUCAACAGUGCAGGUGUUGAAGUUAUUGGAGACAACAAUUAAGAUCGUGUCAAAAUCGAAGAAAGCAUUGCCAGAUUUAAUUACACGAAUGGAUGUGAAAGGUGCCGACUUCUCCUCACGAAGGAACGAAGCACCCAGACUGGUGCUAAUAAAUGGCACUAACACAAGCGCCUACAUUGUAGGAGACAACAUACAGAUGAAGGUGUAUGCUUCUGAUGAAAUUGAAAAACAGACCAUACAAGAAAUGAUUGACAGCUGCAGGUUGGGACUAUCCAGGAAGAAAAUCGACAAGUCACAGAGGAUCGAAGCAUGAAAGUGUCAUCCAUCAUAAAAACCUCAGUAGUUUGUCUCUCCUUCUUCCUCUGCUGCAGCAUUUAUUUUGUUUAUCCUCAUCCCAAGACGGGCCUUGUCAAACAGGAAAUCACCUCCGACAUUGUUGGAACUAUCGCAAACGAAAUUAUCAAGUUUAUAGCCAGAAAUAUGACAACAAAAACUGAUAGAUUUGACUGUUUCCUCGGAAGAAAACAUUCUGGGAUCGAUCUGUUGACACAACGCCAUGCUGGUGAUAAUCAAGAAUCACCUGAGACUAAUGCUAAAAAAGGCUUUGUUUUAUGACCGAUUACUACUGAAAGAAAAAUUGGAAUUUAGAAACAUCAUGAAAACCUUCAGUGAAGGGGUGCCUACAAACAUCACUUAUUUCCUCUAUGCAGGAGCUUUACUUGGUUCCUACUCUCAUCACGGCAUGAUUCCUUGGGACGACGAUCUGGACAUUAUAGUGAGGGAGAAAGACAAGCCUUUACUGCUUACAUUCCUGCAGUCCCUCAGGCCAAAAUAUGACCACUACACCAGCUGGAAGGUGAACUGGAAAUUGUAUCACAAAACGUCCCCAAAGGCUGGCACGAAGACUUGGAAGUGGCCAUUCGUCGAUAUAUUCUUUUAUUCUGAACACCCUUCAUUCAUCCAAGAUUGUAGAACAACAAAGAAGAAAUUCAACAAGACUGAUGUGUUUCCUUUGAUCAAGCGCCCUUUCAUGGGAAUGAUGCUGCCAGCGCCAAGACACACCCGUAAGGUUUUGGAGUCGACUUACACCAUCGAUCUUUGUGUAUCAAAUUCAUACGAUCACAGAUUGGAAAAAGAUGUGCCAUCAAAAUGUGUUGUGAAACUCCCUUGUGACUUGCUGAAAGACAAAUUUCCUUUCGUUGAAAGACAGAAAUCAAAGAACACAUCUAUUGAAGUGUUGGAUGCUGCAUACUGCAACCAAAGCGUGUAUGAAACUACAAAUAUAUAUUAAAGUAUUUAACAUUAUUACCUUGUGUGAAGACUGACAUCAUCAUAACAAUGCUGUAGAAUAGGUUCUGUGUAGCCAAAACCAUUUUUUGUUGGUGAUAUGAUACUCAAAGCAUUUCUAUGAGACAACAUAUCCUGUGUUAAAACAUAAAAUGGAUCAACUUUACAUGUUAUAUAUGUAUUUUGGUGGCACUUGCUUAAAUGUGCUACUGGAACUUCCGUGGGAUGUGUUAUGCAUUUCAGCGUCUACCAUUAUUCCCGCACUAUGAUAGGGUUACAUCUGCUUACUCCUUCAAAAUAUACCUAUGUCCUAUUUUCUCGUGUUUGGAGUGUUUUCUACGGAUAUCAUGGGAGUGGCAAAUAUGGAUAAAAACAGUGGCGACGUAAUUAAGCAUUGGUUACCGAUGGCAAGGAAAUAUAUCCUUGCAUGAUCAUAAAAACAGAGUAUCUAAAAUAAAUAGCUGGCACUUUUGCCAUUGAAUCAAUAUAUUUCAGACAGAUAUAUUUGCACAGUUUACAGAUAAUUCCUCUGACAGAACGAAGUCGCGCCUCAUUAUCGUAUACGGUGAAAAGCAAUAAAAUUUUCACAAUAUAAUAUGUCCAGUUGCAUGUUAUAAGUGAAUAUUCGAUAACGUU